AUGGUUCUAGGAUUUCAUAAAAAGCAACAACACAGGGCGCCGGAUUUGUCAAGGUACGAGCAGUACUACGAGAACGAGCAAGGAAAUGGUAGAGGUCUUUCGGCAGCAGCAGCCGCUGCUGCGGGCAGGAGUCACUCAAUGAUUCAUCCAACGUCGCUGGCGGGUACGCCGCGGAACAUGGACACAAGCCCUCGAAGCUACAGUAUGCGGUCAAGACAGAUGAAUUCCAAUGGACGGACCGGAUCUUUGACUACGGGAGUCGCGCGGUCGCAGAUACCGCGAAGAGUAGCCAACGGGGCUGGGUCAAGGACCAAUUCCAUGGCCAGUAAUACGGGUUCUAUCACGGUCAAAACCACCGAGAUCAAAGACCGUAUGGGGCGUACUCAGUCCAUUACCAGACAGACUGUGAGGAGGGUCAACGGAUUCGAGUAUGUCGAAACUCUGACGACAAGCAAUUCCGGGAACGUACAGGACCCGGAUUCGCAGUUCAGUGAAUUUACGUCUGAUUUUACGCAGGAUUCCGGUUAUCGCCAAAACGGUACCGGGCUACGACAGGAACUGGACGACAUUGACGAUGUCGAAGAAGAGGCCGAGUUUAGUGAUGCCAUGGACUAUUUGCCUGGAGCCGCGCCAGCUGCCCCAGCGGUGCCGGCUGUAGUACCUGAAGCGCCAAGGUCACCUGCCAUCUCCCCAAAACUCGGGGCCAGUAAACCCGAUAGGCCUGCGGCGAGUAAAAGCGGGCGGUUGUCAGAACAUCGCAACACGCGACCUCACAGUGUCGCUCAUCACCAGCAGCGGAGGAAGAUGAGUGACGAAGAGAUGUAUGCGAAAGCGCUGGAAAUAGCGCGUAAAAAGGUUUACGGGGACAACGCGGAAAUGGUACCGUCACAGGCGGCGAGCGCAAUGCCACGGCAGCGAUCGGGGUCGUUGAGGAGGUCUUCCAUAUCGUCGCCAACGCGCAUUGCGAGGUCACUCCGCGGUGCGAAUCCGAAUCCAAAGAUAUCUGUGAGUGACGGUGCGGGCCACCACAUGACCCAAGAAGAGGUUCAUUCGAGAGCGGUGGAGAUGGCACGGCAACAGUAUGUGCAGCAGGUUGGUGGCUUUACCAAGGGUGCGGGAGCUACGGAAGAAGCUACAAACGUGGGACUUACGGAGGGAGCUACGCAGGCGGGACCUACAAAGGUGGGACUCACGGAGGGGGCUAUCGGGGCGGAAGCCACUGGGGUGAACAGCUUCGAAAACAGAACAGGUGUUGUGGGGCGCGACGAUGUGUUAGACCAUGACGAUGUGUUAGACCAUGACGGCGUGUCAGGUCGUGAUGGUGUGCUGGGCAGUGACGGCGUGUCGGGCCGUGACGGUGUGUUGAAUCACGACGGUGUGUCGGGCACAGUGCCAGCCCCAAAUCCCCCAGCUACAAACGGCACCGCUCGCCCCGUAUCGCGUUCCAAGGUAAAGUCGUUUUUCAGCAAAGUCGUGCAGUUUAGCCAGGAAAACUACGGAUAUCAGACGAAACAGGGCCAAACCAAACAGGGCCCAACUAAACCGGGCCAGGCGAAAUCGCACCCUCCGAGUAAUGCGGUGAAUUUAAACCCGGCCACGGAAACUGCGGCUCCACUGCCGGCCCCCAUGGCACCUUCGUCGGCACCCACGGCGCCUACAGAGCGUGUAUCAUCUUCGACGGACAACCUUCCGGAACCUCUACCAGCACCGGCUAUUACACCCGCUACCGCGCCUGCAGCGUCCGCUACCUCCACUACCCCGCCCACACCCAAAGCUUCGCGCCAUGUGUUCGCACGCUUACUGCGACGCAAUUAA